AUGCCAAAGCGGAGUGGAAAACAUAAAAUAAUCGACGCCCUUUGCAAGAAUCAAGCAUUAAACCUGAUAUUCCUUGACUCAAGCGACGAAGAAGACGCAGAUGAACUUAAUGAAAUUUGUUCGCUGAGUAUGCUAUGCUUAUUAAACAGCCGUAGAAGUGUACACUUUGGAAUGCCAAAAUCAUCCGAUUGGCAGCAUAACGUACUAGCAAAUUUUGAUGAAAAAAGGUUCAACGAAAUGGUUCGUGUUCGUCCAGACGAAUUCAGAUACAUCUUGGAUUGUAUAAAAGACGAUCCUGUCUUUCAUACAAGUCGUAGCGUAGCACAGAUUCCUAUAGAUUUGCAACUAAAAAUAGUGCUAUAUAGACUAGGAUCUUCCGGAGAUGGGGUAUCUAUACGCAAGGUUGUCUUUUUGUUUGGAAUAGGCGAUGGGGGCACUAUUCAAAACGUUACCAGGCGUGUAUUCAAAGCUAUACUGAGGUUAAAGAAGAAAUUUAUAUAUUGGCCAAAUCAGAGAGAAAGGCUGGAACGUAUUUACACAACAAAGCAAGAAAUCCCAGAAUGCGUAGGAUACAUCGAUGGUUCCGAAAUAAGAUUAGCUGAAGCCCCCAUCAAGAAGCAGGAACUUUUUUUUCUCACGUAA